AAACAACCACCACAAAGCCUCGUGGCUGUCACCGAGCUUCGCCGGCUGCACUAAGUGUUCUGACCGCCAGUAUAUCUAAAGGAAGGGUCACGACCUUAGUCCUGUUGGCUGCCUCGUGCAUUAUGUCGAUGCAAACGAACGUCGCCGCGUCAUCGGAGGCGGUAAUAAGUACGCCCAAUGCGCGUUGCGUCAAUGAAGAAGCCGAUGUACGUACAUCCAUCAAAAGCAUCAUACUAGCUAAUUGAGUAAACGUACGAUCCUUUAGACAUCAUCGCAUCAGUCCGUUAAUCACCCCGAGUCUAUGGCUGCAGGGACUGAACACCCUGCGUCUGUCGCUGCCGGUAGCACUAUCUUUUACACUCAUUCGUCAAAUCUAGCAUCUGGAGGUGAAAGCAGCUUAUACAUUACGUCACUUACGUGCCCUCAACUGCAGCUUCGUCUUCCUAGCAUCCACGACACUGCUGCACUCCUACGAAUCUUCACCGACCACCGCAAUGUCCAGUACGACAAGUCAUGUGCUGGGCUCGAUAGCGUGGAUGCCAUUGUCAAUCUGAUCAAGCAGUGGCAGAUUGUAGAUCUACCAUUACAACGCGCUAACAUCGUUAUCGUGGUUGACGGGAAGACUGUCGGCACAGGUGGCUUGGGCUGGGUUGGCAGAAGAAAGACUGAUGGCAAACUGAUUGGUGACGCAGGCUUGAUGUUGGACACAUAUUAUCGUGGCUCAGGCUACGGCUACGAGUCGUUACGUAUGGUCAUUGAUCAUGGCUUUGCUGUCCUGGGCAUGGAUGAGAUACACAUAGCUUGUGUAGAUGCUAAUACUGCGUUCAAAGGGUUGAUGAACAAGAAGUUUGGAUUCCCGGCCGAGGUAAUAGAAGACAAGUUGUUUGGGAAUGAGUGGAUCUGGCGCAUCACGAAGGAGGCAUGGGAAGAUAGUACGCACUCUGCCCAAGGACGGGGUCGAGGUCAAGAGAAGGCACGAGGAGUCACUGGCGAAGAUUCACGGCCAUAGUGAGUGUCGCACACAUCCAGCGAUAACAUUUCAGCUUGUGGAAGUUCUGCUCGAUGCGGAAAAGGUGGCUGGCGUCUAUUACUCCCAGCGGACUGUAUCCUUGUUUCGGUCCCUCGCCUUUGCUAACAAUACGAUACAUGACAGGUUCGACUUUAUCAUAAAUCGCGUGCGAUGUAGAUGGAAUAACAUCCUGUUGAGUCUGUUGGCAAAAACAUCACGAUGCAGUUUUUGCGCAAA